AUCUGAUGAGAACUAUUUUCUUUUUAUUCAACGUGUUCGUAGAAAUAAUCUAUUACAGACAUGUCAACUUUAAGUUUUAGGUAUUCAUCUGUAAUACUUAGUUGAAAACGAGGGAUUAUCUAGGUAAAGAAAAUGAAUUUUAAAUCAACACUUUUCUAUAUUUAGUCUUUUUUUUCGACAUGUGAUUCAUUUUGAUACUUGAUAAUUAAUGUUUAAAUGUCUCAAAAGGAGUACUUCGAAAAAUAUUUAUUUUACUAUAAUAUCGUAACUAAUAGAAAUUAUUUUAUCUCGUUUAGCCAUUUUUAAUCGAUGGUUACAAAUUUGAUUUACGUGUAUAUGUUGCUGUAACAUCUUGUGAUCCAUUUCGAAUUUUUGUUUAUAAAGAUGGUCUAGCUCGUUUUACAACUCAUAAUUAUGAAGAACCAUCCAGUUCUAAUUGCAAAGAUAUUUUUAUGCAUUUAACAAAUUAUGCUAUUCAAAAACGUUCGGAUGAUUUUAUUCGUGAUGAAGAUACUGGUACUAAACGUCGAAUAACAACAAUUAAUCGUUGGUUAGUCGAACAUGGUUAUGAUAUAGUUAAAUUAUGGGCAGAUAUUGAUGAUGUUAUUAUAAAAGUUAUGAUUUCUGCUCAUGCUGUUCUUAAACAUAAUUACCGUGCCUGUUUUCCUCAUCAUUAUCGUGGUAGUGCCUGUUUUGAAAUUCUUGGUUUUGAUAUUUUACUUGAUCGUAAAUUAAAACCUUAUGUUCUUGAAGUAAAUCAUUCUCCAAGUUUUACUACAGAUUCAAAAUUAGAUCGUGAAAUAAAAGAUGCACUUAUAUAUGAUACUAUACUUCUAUUAAAUAUGCCUGCAGCUGAUAAAAGACGAUUUAUUGAAGAAGAAAGACGACGUGUUAAAGAAAGACUUUUUCAAAAAAUAAAUAAAAAAGAUAGUAAAUUUCGUGAAGAACAAGAAGAUCUUGCUCAACAAUGGCAAAAAGAAAUUGAAAGUUGGGAAAAUGAACAUAUGGGAAAUUAUCGAAGAAUAUAUCCUAUACCUGAUGAAACAGAAAAAUAUGAUCUAUUUUUUCUUCAAGCAAGUACACUUUAUUCGGAAACAGCUGCAUCAAAAGCAAGAAGUGAAGUGGCAAAAGCACAAAUUGAUGAAAUACAAAAGAAACAAGAUAAAUUUAAUUUACUUAAAAAUAGUAAAUUAGGUCCAAGUCCAAGUAUGAAUAAUUUAAAAGAAGCAUACGGUGAGAGUCCACUGAAAAGAUCUUUACCUAUUGUUAAAUCAUCAAGAAGUUCAUCAUUUAAUCGAAUUCAAUUAAAACGUCUUACAGCUAAUAUGAGUAUGACAACGCCACAUCAUCAAUCUGAUGCUGAUUCAUCGAAAGCUCUUGAUAUUGAUGAAACUGAAGAGAUAGAACGAUUGUUAUUACUUAAACAUCGAGAAACACUUAUUCGAACGAUGGGUAUUAUUGAUCUAUGUCAUCGAAUGUUAGCAAACUCUAGUGGCGUCGUGCCGAAUACACUAGCAGAAAACAAUAUAAUUACAGAAUCACUUGCACAACGUCGUAUGACGCAACAAGUUGAAGGAAUUGACACAUCUCAAAAUAUCUCUUUUCUUCAAUAUGGAAAUUCAAAAAUGCCGAAUACUCUACUAAAUCGUCAUUAUUCUGUAAAUGGUCCAUCAAAUCCAAUACUUCAACAAGGUUUUUCUACUCACACAUCAAAAUUCGAACCACGUAUGGUACGACAUAUAGAUAUAUUCAAUGAUAAAGUAAUUCAACCUCAAAAUGGAUCACUCUACAAUCGUUAUCAACAAGCAUUACGUUUAGCAGAAAAUAAUCAACAAUCAAGUCGUUUGUUUCUUCAAACAAAUGGAUUAUCAUCAACUACAACUAAUCUGUUACAUAAAACACCUAUUGCAACAACAAAUUUAUCAUUUGAUCCAUCAAUACGAACUAAAAGUGCGAAUACAGUAUCUCGGCAACGUUCAGGCAACCGUCAUUUAAGCUCGUAUGAUUCUAAUGAUAAUAAUAGUCUUCCAAAACAAGACAUAGUUACUAAUGGACCUUUAAUAUCAAUUGGAUAUCGAUUAAAAUCAUUUUCGUAA